AUGGGAGGCGGUGAUAUUUCACAUAUGAGUCCUGAAGUAAAAUGGAUAUUUGAGAUGGCUUGGUAUGGUGAAACUGUAAGAUAUGAUGGGUUAAUUUGUGAGGAGCAUCCCCCUAAGCUCUCUUCAGAUGGUAUUUGGGAGAAACUUAUUAUUAAAUCGGCAGGUCUAUAUUUUUGGCAAUAUCGUCUUCCGAAGCUCGAGAUUGUCAUCUUGCUCGUCUUCUUUCUUUGGCAAGGCUUUAAUAUCUUGUUUAAGAAAUUGGGUCUUUCUAUUCCCAAGUUAUCCUCUAUGAUGCUUGCAGGGCUACUCUUGAAUGUUCUAGUUACUUUAUCGGGAGAGAACUCGAUCAUUGCGGAUAUCUUGGUCACGAAAAACAGAAUCGACGUAGCAGGAUGCCUUGGAUCAUUUGGAUUCUUGAUUUUCUGGUUCCUCAAAGGUGUAAGAAUGGACGUCAAGAGAAUCUUCAAGGCUGAAGCAAAAGCAAGAGUCACUGGAGUUGCAGCGGUUACUUUCCCUAUAGUUGUUGGCUUCUUGCUUUUCAAUCUCAAAUCAGCUAAGAAUCGACCUCUCACUUUCCAAGAGUAUGAUGUAAUGCUACUAAUGGAAAGCAUCACGUCCUUCUCGGGGAUCGCAAGACUCUUGCGUGACCUUGGCAUGAACCAUUCAUCUAUUGGCCGGGUUGCUUUAUCCUCAGCCUUAGUCUCUGAUAUAGUUGGACUCCUGCUCUUGAUUGCGAACGUUUCUAGAAGUUCAGCAACUUUAGCUGAUGGUUUGGCUAUACUUACAGAGAUAACCUUAUUCCUCGUCAUUGCAUUUGCGGUUGUGAGGCCGAUAAUGUUCAAAAUAAUAAAGCGGAAAGGAGAAGGAAGACCAAUCGAAGACAAAUACAUCCACGGGGUUCUCGUCUUGGUUUGCUUAUCUUGUAUGUAUUGGGAAGAUCUUAGCCAGUUUCCUCCACUUGGAGCCUUCUUUCUUGGUCUCGCCAUUCCCAAUGGACCUCCUAUUGGAUCUGCAUUGGUCGAACGAUUAGAAAGCUUCAAUUUUGGUAUCAUAUUACCUCUUUUCUUAACAGCCGUUAUGCUCAGGACUGAUACCACUGCUUGGAAAGGCGCUUUGACAUUCUUUAGUGGCGAUGAUAAGAAAUUUGCGGUUGCGUCUCUCGUCUUGCUCAUUUUCUUGUUGAAGCUCUCUGUCUCAGUCAUUGUUCCUUACCUCUAUAAAAUGCCGUUGAGAGACUCUAUUAUCCUUGCCCUAAUAAUGUCUCAUAAGGGUAUUAUCGAACUCAGCUUCUACCUUUUCUCUCUAAGCCUCAAGUUGGUAACCAAAGAUACAUUCUCAAUUCUAGUCUUGUCCAUUGUCCUCAACUCUCUGCUCAUACCAAUGGCGAUCGGGUUUCUCUACGACCCAUCUAAACAAUUCAUAUGCUACCAAAAGAGAAAUUUAGCGAGUAUGAAGAACAUGGGAGAGCUAAAGACUCUUGUGUGCAUCCAUAGACCAGACCACAUAUCUUCCAUGAUCAACCUUCUUGAAGCUUCUUAUCAAUCCGAAGACAGUCCUCUCACUUGCUACGUCCUUCACCUCGUCGAGUUACGAGGUCAAGACGUUCCCACUUUGAUCUCACACAAAGUUCAGAAACUCGGAGUCGGGGCUGGAAAUAAAUAUUCCGAAAAUGUCAUCCUCUCUUUUGAACAUUUCCACCGUUCUGUCUGCAGUUCCAUUUCCAUAGACACAUUCACUUGCAUCGCAAACGCAAACCAUAUGCAGGAUGACAUUUGUUGGCUAGCUCUUGAUAAAGCUGUCACGCUUAUCAUUCUUCCUUUUCACCGGACUUGGUCACUUGACCGAACAUCCAUCGUAUCCGACGUUGAGGCGAUCCGAUUUCUGAAUGUCAACGUCUUGAAACAAGCACCUUGCUCUGUCGGCAUUCUUAUCGAACGCCAUCUCGUUAACAAGAAGCAAGAACCACAUGAAAGCCUUAAGGUGUGUGUAAUAUUCGUGGGAGGAAAAGACGAUAGGGAAGCUUUGGCCUUUGCGAAGCGAAUGGCCCGUCAAGAGAACGUAACAUUAACAGUUCUACGCCUCCUAGCAUCAGGAAAGAGCAAAGACGCGACAGGAUGGGAUCAAAUGCUUGACACGGUGGAACUAAGAGAGUUGAUUAAAAGCAACAAUGCCGGAAUGGUAAAAGAAGAAACAUCAACAAUUUAUUUGGAACAAGAGAUAUUGGAUGGAGCGGAUACGUCAAUGCUUCUACGUUCCAUGGCUUUCGAUUACGAUCUUUUCGUCGUGGGAAGAACAUGCGGCGAGAACCACGAGGCAACCAAAGGUAUAGAGAAUUGGUGUGAGUUUGAGGAGCUUGGAGUCAUUGGUGAUUUCUUGGCCUCGCCGGAUUUUCCGAGUAAAACAUCGGUGUUAGUAGUGCAACAACAACGAACGGUAGCCAAUAAUAAUUAG